GGAAGUAAUUCGAUGUUCUCAGUAGAACAAGCGAGCAAUGCCAGCGGUGUUUGUCGGUUUCGUUCGUUACUGAGCGGUCUGGCUAGGCUAACAGUGGUUCCGCCUUAUGGCCGCCUUAAUAUCGUUAUAAACGUUAGGCGCCGGCACACCAGGGCGUGUCCGAAAAACCCUGGGUUUUCCUCUGAAUGGUCGAAAGGGUAACGGGUAUUUGGGGGCUGAUAAGCAGCGUUGUUACUGACCACCGGUGCCCGGCUGCUCGGAGUCGCCGACACAAAGGGGCCUCGAACCUGGGCUGGUUUUACUGUAGGCCUCGAAGAGAGGUGGUUUAUUGGGACUGAAAUACGAAGUCGUUAGACGGCUAGUCAGAUGGUUUAAUGCAUUAUGGAGGAUGAGACGUGGUCGACGGCUACGGCGAAAUAAGCCGCUGUUACUUGAACAAUGGGGAGGCGGUGCGGCGGUCUAAUUCCCGGAUCCCAAUAACCCCUGCGCCUCUUGUACAUGAGGUUAAACUAGGUUAUAACACAGCAUUUUAAUUAAAAUUGGUUAUACGGAAUCAGUUUAAGUAACUAAUAUUACGAUGAAUCGGCCUCUCCCGAAUGUUGUUUUACAACGUACUGUUUACUAAUUGUAACUAAUUCAUGUGUGUGUGUUUAUUGAUAGUGACUGCUUAUGAAUUUUGAAUAUGGCGCAGCGGUGUCCUGUUUACUUUGGGAUUCUUGUUACGCUGUUAGAUAAAUCUAAAUUAUUCCAGCAGAGCUGCUUUUUGCUCACUGAGUUACAUGUACAAAAUGAGACAAGUUCCGACAGAGAGCGCAAAUGGUGAAGUGUAAUGGGAUACCGGGGCUGUCCUUUCGCGAGAGGCUAAAUUUAAGUCAAAGCAGUCAUAUGUUAGGUUGUGUUCCUCCGGUGUGUGGGAGGCCGCAUGUGAGAUCACGCUUUGUUCCGCAAUCCUGAUUCAGUCCCUUGUAUCUUUAAGUACUACACAGUUGUUGUACUUGAUUUUUCUAUUUUGUACAUACAUUGUUUUGUAUAUACUGUAUAUGAUGACUUCGUUAGUCACCGACCGACCCCGGGGCACUCGGGAGAAAGUGCUACCUGCAGCACCACAAGCAGCACAGAUACAGGCUACAGCAGAACAGAUUCGCCUUGCCCAAGUGAUCUAUGAUGGCAACGAUACAGUCUUUGAGGAUAAAGUCAAACAGCUGAUGGAAGUAACAGGGAAGAAUCAGGAUGAGUGCAUGGUUGCUCUCCAUGACUGCAAUGAGGAUGCCAACAGAGCCAUCAACUUUCUCCUUGAGGGCAGCUCAGAUACGAACUCUUGGGAGACCGUGGGGAAAAAACGAGGUUUGCCGAAGGAAGGAUCUUCAUCAGACAAGGAGAACAAAGACGGCAGGGAAAAGCGAGGAGAAAGAGAUGCUGGUCGGGGUCGUGGGGGGCCAAGCAGGAGGGGUCGUGGAGCUGUCCGCAGUCGGGAGGUGUGCUUGGAGGAGAACGGUGUGGACCUGUAUCAGGGGGAAAGGGGGGCGGACAGGGGCCGGCGGGGGCGAGGCAGAGCUUCAGGUGGCCGAGGAAGGGGCCGUGCAGCUGGUGGCAGCAAGUUUUCAUCACAGGGAAUGGGGACCUUUCAUCCAGCCGAAUACACAACAGACUCGAGCACAGCGGCCGGAGGCUCUCGCUCUGACGACUGGGAGACAGCAGUGACAGACGCGGUGGAUGGAAGAGGGGCUUGGACGGUUCCACAAGACGAUUGGGCCACAGACGAUUGGGCAGAAGAUCUUUCGGAGACCAAAGUUUUUACUGCCUCUUCUGUACCUACUGCUGAGAACCACAUCCCAUCUGGAGACAGUGUGGAUAUGGAGGGUCUUCUGCUGAAACCUGUGGAUGGAAGAGAGUCUGAGGAUAUGGGAUGUGUGGAGCCGUCCUCCUCCCAAAACCUUGCCCAUAGCCUGGUGUUCACCAAUUCCCACCACCCUCACACCAACCCAACCAGCUAUGCACAUGCCACCCUGUCCUCAGUCCUCGGUUCAGGCUUUGGAAACUUGGGCAGCUCCAAGCUGCCGCUGUCAGCCCAAAUGCUGGAGCAGCAAAAGGGCCCAGGGAUCGGACCGCUGUCUGCAGAACAGGCCGUCUCUGGGGGCAGCAGUGGAUCUGUGGGAGUGUCUGGGGCGUUAGAGGUUGAGAACCCUGUCCCCACUUCAUCUUGGGAGGCCAAGCCACCGGUUUCACAGAACACCACUGUGCUGUCUUCACCUUUUGGUAGGGAUUAUAAGGUACAGCCAGAGCCAUCUCGGGUUCUGAGCCAGCUGGCCCAAAGGCAGCCGAACUCUCUGCCCCAGGUUCAACCAGCUGCCCCCCCCACAGCUCCUGCUACCUCAGCUUCAAGCUUCGAGUCCUUUUCCAAACCUCAGGAUGCCUCUUCAACCCACAACGGACCCUCGCCAGUUGCCAAACUGUCUCUCCCGGCCGGCUUGCCCCCUCCCCAGGAAGCCAUCAUGCAGCACAAACUUAAAACCCAGAAACGCAAAAUACCUCCAACUUCAAAGAUUCCUUUGUCAGCAGUAGAGAUGCCUGGUUCUGCUGAUGUCUCUGGGUUAAAUGUGCAGUUUGGGGCUCUGGAUUUCGGGCCAGAACCAUCCUUGCCUGAUUUCAGCCAUCCAGACAACGGGAGCAGUGGCAUUACUUCAAGCAACAGGGAUCCAGUGCCAGUAUCUCAGCCUUUAAACAGCCACUAUUCCAAGUCUCCCAGUGAACCUCUUGGAAGCCCUCAGUCUCUACCAAUGUCAACAUCUGACUCCAGUUACUCCUCGCCCUCUGCCUCUUUGUCCACGUUGCCCUCCUCCCUGCCCCUGUCGCAGACCAUUUCUGCAGCAUCCCAUUCUUCUUCGUCAGGCAGUACUUUUGAUACAAAUGGGCCCCCCCAUCCACACCUUACCUUCUCGCAGGGCAAGGAACCCACAACUUCCUCUGUCACUAAUAGCUUUGACUGUGUCAGGACUUCAACUGCACUUGAAACUGCAGUUGCUUCCCCUGCAAAGCCGGACUGUCCUCAGAGCAGUGUGAGCAGUUCGGCUCGGCCUCCUGUCCUGCUCUCCUCAUCCGCACCAAGCCUUAGCUCUGAGCUUCCCACACUGAGCAGUCAGGUGACUAACCUGCUCUCCAAUUGUACCCUCACAUCCAGUCCCUCUUUCACGAAUACCAGUGUGAACGCCCACAGCGCCUCGGUCUGCGUCCUGUCCUCAGCGCCAGCUCCGCCCGGCGCCAGUGCGGUCAGUGUGACCAGUGCCGUGCAUGGGACCGCAGUGACGGGCAGCGCGCUGGGGAUGAGUAGCAAUGGGGCAGCUACCCUUCCUGGUUGCCGCAGCACGCCCCUGUUGCAGUCAUCCUCUGGCAAAGCUCCGCCCAAUCUUGCCCAGGGUGUGCCUCCUUUACUGCCAAGCCAGUACAUCAUGGGGCCAGGGGGUCUUCUUCCUGCAUACCCGCAGAUCUAUGGGUAUGAAGACCUGCAGAUGCUGCAGUCCCGACUGCCCAUGGAUUACUAUGGGGUCACAUUCCCAGGCCCUGCAGCAUCACUCACUGGCAGAGACGGGAGUCUGUCCAACAGCCCUUACUCAGGUGAAAUGACAAAGUUCGGCAGGGGUGAUUCUGCCUCCCCCGCCCCUUCUACCAGCCUGUCCGCACCUCCGCCUCCACAAGCCCAGCAGCCCCUGCAGAGCCAAGCGCAGCAGCAGCCGCCAGGCCACCAUGGCGGCCAGCAGGCCUUCCUGAACCCCGCCUUACCGCCGGGCUACAGCUACACGGGUCUGCCCUACUAUCCCGGGUUGCCGGGGAUGCCCAGCGCGUUCCAGUACGGACCCAUGUUCGUGUCGCCUGCCUCCGCCAAGCAGCACGGCGUUGGCCUCAACACUCCUUCCAACCAGUUCCAGCAGGCCAGCGCUUAUGGGCAGCAUGCCUAUGGUUCAGGGUUUGAUGAUCUGACACAAGGCCCAGCAGGUGGAGAAUAUGGCAAAGGGGCCUAUGGCAGCUCCACCCAAACACAGGCCAAAUCAGCUGCUACUGGACCUGGGAAAGGUAUAUCGGUCUCAUCUAGCAAUGCAGUAGGGCCAGACCUGAGUGCCACAGUUUACAAUAAAGCCCAGUCCUUCGACAAGCAAGGUUUUCACACUGGGACACCCCCACCUUUCAACCUGCCCUCGGCACUAGGGGGAGCGGGCCCCUUAAAUCCAGGGAGUGGCCCUGGUUAUGCCCCCGCCCCUUUCCUUCAUAUCCUACCGGCACAUCAGCAGCCCCACUCCCAAUUGCUGCAUCACCACCACGCGCAGGACAGUCAGGGCAGCUCUAGCCAACGCAGUCAGUCGAGCAGCAUACAGCAGAAGAACCCAGCCAACAAGUCAACCUACGGCAGCUCUGCUUACUGGGGCAACUAAUCGAGGGGUGCAAAGAGCUUCCCUCCCCAUGCUCUCACCCUACCUCUCGUGUGCCGACCCUCUUCCGGGGAGCACCGUCUGACUGGCGUGAAGCUAAACAGAUACACACACACACACAAGCGCACCCCCACACACACACUACCAAUUUGCUUCCCCCAGUUCUCCUUUUACUUUUUCUUUUUUCUCAAUCUCCUGGUUGUUAUACGUGUAAGAUAUUUAUGUAUUUAUAUACUGUAUAUGUAAUAGUAGAAAUGUGAUUUCUGCAUUUGAAGGAUUUUUGUUUACAAGUUGUAGGAAGACGAUGCAUUAUAGAAAAGAAAAAAGAAAACUUAAGAGAGAACUUUAAUUGGGGGGCAUUUUAAAUUGUCCUUAAGUUAAUUCUAAUGUGAAAUUUUUAGAAGAAUUUUUGUAUUUUCAUUUAAUAUUUCCGGGUUGGUUCACAGUUCUUGACCAACACCAUGAUAUUCUUGAUUGACCCACACAAGUACCAUCCCAACUGUUACUUCAUUUUAGUUCAUAUUAUACACCAAAUAAAAGUUCUGAAGUCAGUG